CCCGCCCCGCAGGAGGGGCCAACUCUGGGAGGGUUGGUGGUUUUGGGCCUAGGGGGCCACGUGACCCUCCCCCAGGAAUGUGGUGACAUCAUCAGGGGCGUGGUCAUCCCCAAAAUUGGGAAGGAAGGGAGAAAAAAAAAAGGAAGAAAAAGUUUCUUUCCUGGAGUUCCAAACGAGGUGCAGGAAGAGAGGAUCAAGGCCAGAGAUCCGGGGCUCUGAGGGGUCCCCCGCUCCAGGCCAUGUCGGGGCCCACCUGGCUCCCCCCGAAGCAGCCGGAGUCCUCCAGAGCUCCUCAGGGGAGAGUGUUCCCUCGAGGACCCCCAGGGCCACCGGUGGCCCACGGAGCAGCACUCCAGCCCCACCCCAGAGUCAAUUUUUGCCCCCUCCCAUCUGAGCAGUGUUACCAGGCCGGAGGGGGACCAGAGGAUCGGGGGCCAGCCUGGGGGGGGUCCCAUGGAGCACCCCAGCGCCCGCAGGGGCUCCCCCUAGAUAGAGGGGGCUUGGGCCCAGGAAGUCUGGAUGCUGAGAUAGAUUCGCUGACCAGCAUGCUGGCUGAGCUGGAUGGGGGUCGUGGUCACGUGCCAAGGCGACCAGACCGACAGGCUUAUGAGCCCCUUCAGCCCCCUGCCUACCGCACGGGCUCCCUGAAGCCGAACGGAGGGGGUGUUCCAUCCCUGCAGCUCCCAGCAUCCCCCUAUGGAGGUCCCACUCCGGCCUCCUAUGCUACUGCCAGCACCCCUGCUGGCCCUGCCUUCCCUGUGCAGGUGAAGGUGGCACAACCAGUGAGAGGCUGUGGCCCACCCAGGCGGGGGGCCUCUCAGGCUUCUAGGCCCCUCCUGGGGCCCCACUUUCCUCUUCCCAGCCGAGGUGAAGUCUGGGGGGCUGGCUAUAGGAGCCACCGGGAGCCAGGGCCAGGGGGUAAAGAGGAGGCUGCCAGGGUCCCUGGCCCUGCAGGAGGAGGAAGAGGAGGCAGGUACGGGUCCCAGGUCCCCCUGAGCCAGCCUCCAGAGGAGGAGCUUGAGAGGCUGACCAAGAAGCUGGUGCAUGACAUGAAUCACCCACCCAGCGGGGAGUACUUUGGCCGGUGUGGGGGUUGCGGAGAAGAUGUGGUGGGGGAUGGGGCCGGAGUGGUCGCCCUUGACCGAGUCUUCCAUGUUGGCUGCUUUGUCUGUUCUACGUGCCGGGCCCAGCUUCGGGGCCAGCAUUUCUAUGCUGUGGAGAGGAGGGCGUACUGUGAGAGCUGCUAUGUGGCCACCCUGGAGAAGUGCUCCAUGUGCUCCCAGCCCAUCCUGGACCGGAUCCUUCGGGCUAUGGGGAAGGCCUACCACCCUGGCUGUUUCACCUGUGUGGUGUGUCACCGUGGCCUCGAUGGCAUCCCCUUCACGGUGGAUGCCACCAGCCAGAUCCACUGCAUUGAGGACUUCCACAGGAAGUUUGCUCCACGAUGCUCAGUAUGUGGCGGGGCCAUCAUGCCUGAGCCAGGGCAGGAGGAGACUGUGCGAAUUGUUGCUCUGGAUCGAAGUUUUCAUAUUGGCUGUUACAAGUGUGAGGAGUGUGGGUUGCUGCUCUCCUCUGAGGGUGAGUGUCAAGGCUGCUACCCACUGGACGGACACAUCUUGUGCAAGUCCUGCAGCGCCUGGCGCAUCCAGGAGCUCUCAGCGACCGUCACCACUGACUGCUGAGUCUUCCCAGAAGCAUCUGCUGCAUUCUCUGCUCCUGUCGACCACCCUCCCUGAUGUUUACCUUUACAAUUGUCACCAAAUGCUGUCUAUUCUUCCUCUAAUUAUGAAAUAAUAAUUCUGCAAGAGUUUACAAAA